CUGGCUUGGCCUGUUUCCGGUAGGUUCAGUGGACGCGGCGUCUGAGGCAGUGAGGAACCGGCGUCGUCUACUGAGCUUUUGCCGGAGUGAACAGACAUGGCGGCGGCUUUUCGGAAGGCGGCUAAGUCCCGGCAGCGGGAACAUCGAGAGCGAAGCCAGCCCGGCUUUCGAAAACAUCUGGGUCUGCUGGAGAAAAAGAAAGAUUACAAACUUCGUGCAGAUGACUACCGGAAAAAGCAAGAAUACCUCAGAGCUCUCCGGAAGAAAGCUCUUGAAAAGAAUCCAGAUGAAUUCUACUAUAAAAUGACCCGGGUUAAACUCCAGGAUGGAGUUCAUGUUAUUAAGGAGACUAAGGAAGAAGUAACUCCAGAACAGCUGAAACUGAUGAGAACUCAGGAUGUCAAAUACAUAGAAAUGAAAAGGCUUGCAGAAGCUAAGAAAAUUGAAAGACUAAAAUCAGAGCUCCAUCUGCUGGAUUUCCAGGGGAAGCAACAGAAUAAGCACGUGUUCUUUUUUGACACCAAGAAGGAAGUUGAACAGUUUGAUAUCGCAACUCACCUACGAACAGCCCCAGAACUAGUUGACAGAGUCUUUAAUAGACCCACAAUAGACACCCUGCAGAAGGAGAAAGUGAAAGGAGUGAACCAUCAGACUCGACUUAAGCGGAUAGCUAAAGAAAGGCAGAAGCAGUAUGACUGCCUGGCACAGCGGAUUGAACGCGAGAAGAAAUUGUUCGUUGUUGCCCAGAAAAUUCAGACACGCAAAGAUCUUAUGGAUAAAACUCGGAAGGUAAAGGUGAAGAAAGAAACAGUGAACUCCCCAGCUAUUUACAAGUUUGAGAGUCGUCGAAAACGUUGACGUGUUGUAGAUAUGCCUUGUCAUUCCGCAUGGAGCUGAGUUAAUGGGUUUUUUUUUCCCCCAGUAACUUCAAAUUCAGUUGGUCUAAAUGAUUUGGUUUUCCUGUUUGUAACUGUAAUUUAUUAUAGAUCUGGCAUUUGCUACGAGCUAUAUUAAAGCCCCUUCCCCUGUCUAAAUUGUUCGUGGGUUGUUGAAAUCAGUCUUGUUUUCAUGUAUUUUUAUUUUAUUUAUGAAAGUUACAUAAUCUCAUUACGGCAAAUUUGGAAAAUAAAUGAGUUCAUCCCAAACCCCAAUACUUGUUCAAGAGCAGCAGAUAAUUGUUGUAUACUCACAGUGAUGGGGGGGAGGGAGACGGUGGUGAGCAACUACCAAGAGCAUUCUGGCUUGUUUCCUCCGUUUUGUAAAGGUUUGUGCAGGUUUCCGUUUGUUUCUGUGUCUUGUAGUUGUAAUUAUAGUAAACACUUUUAUGGCCUGCUUUUUACACUUAUUAUUACAUUGUUAGCUCUUUUUUAUUAUAUCACUAAAGUUUUAAAAAGUAAUAUGUGCUUAUCAUAAAAAUUAAAAUAAAUAUUUUUAAUAUUUGCA